CAUGGCAAACAAAAACAUCGGCAAAAGCCGCCUCGCCGGCCUUUGACCGCUCUGCUAUAGCUAGCGCUAGCGCAAGGCCUGCGGCCUGAAGCCCAGCUGUACAACGUUUAUGGUAUAAACGUCGGCUGACCUGAUGGUAGGCCAAGAGCAGAUAGGCCUGGUGUGAUUCUUUUUGUUUUGUUUGCGAAUAGGUUUGUUCACCUUGAACAAGGACCUAGGGCCUAUAUUCACCGUUGUAAUUGAUAAAUUAUAUUUAAUAAACAUGGAAAAACAAGCUCGAGUUAUCCUGUGGGCUCUACCAAGAACCCUAUCCACCGCUUUUUUGAAGUGUAUGAGCGGAGUUCCUGAUUCUAAGAUGUUCUACGAGCCUUACACAGCGGCGUAUCUUUUUGGACCUGACCGACCAUAUGCUGACGCACCGCGUCCCGCCAAUAGCGAUGGUGGCACGCCGGAGGCCGCGAAAGAUUGCGGUGCUAUUUCAGGGUUCGAAGAUACGAUUUGUUCGUACAGGUGGGUGAAGGAACAGCUUGAAGCUCCAUUUCCAGAUAAAAGACUCAUAUUCUGUAAAGAUAUCGCUUACUGCUUAGACAAGAAAUAUGAGUUUCUACCGCGAGGUUAUAAGUAUAUAUUCCUGAUAAGGAAUCCAGAGAAGGUGAUUCCUUCGUGGAAGAAACUCAUUGGUGAUUUCACCCGGAAGAAAGUUGAUGACUUUGUUUUGGAUGAGCUCAAGCCGCCAGUCAUGCCGACAAGACUUGGUUACGGGGAAUUGCUGGACCUGUAUGAGUACGUUAAAUUGGAGAGCCUGGAUGCAGAGCCUAUCAUCAUCGACGCUGACGAUUUGGCUGCAGACCCGGGUGCCAUCCUGUCCACCUGUUGCAAGAAAAUAGGAAUACCUUACUCUGACAACUUGCUAACAUGGAAGGAGGGACAUGAGAUGAUUGAGGAAUGGGUUAUCAGCAAGAAUCUCAAGCUUACCGUCGGGGACCUGCAGUCAUUCGACAAUGUAAAAAGAAGCUCUAGUUUCCAGAAGCCAAGCGGACUUCAGCAGAUCCCGGGUGGCUCGCCAGACGUAGAGAGAUUUGUGGAAAAGUGUAUGCCACUGUACACCAAGUUAUACGAGAGUAGACUAAAAUGACAAACUCAUGAUGGUGGAU